AUGAGUAUAUGCACCCUAUUGGGUAGUUAUCCUUUCCCUGCCUACGCCUACCCUCUCCUCCCUUCCUUGUCUUCCCCAUUUUCAGAUUUUGCACACUGCAGCCUCCCUUCUUCUUCUUCUUCUUCUUCGUUCAAGGAAGGGGUAGCAGGCAGAUCAAAUCAAAUCAAAUCAAAUCAGAUCAAACCCAUCAAUGGAGAGGCUCAUCUAUUCCCACACGGUUCCGGCCAAAUUCCGCCUAAAUUCUCUCCUUCUACCCCGACUCCCCACCCGCCACUGCCCCCGGACUACCCUCCAACCCUUUUUACCUUCCUCCCAAUCAGCCCGAUUCAACUUCAAUCCGCUCUCUUCCUCUUCCGCUCUCAAAGGCUCUUCUUUUUCGCCUCCCAGAGUUCUCCACGACGACUCCCAUGGAACCACUCCCUCUCCCUCCCUCCAUGGAAAUGACCCCACUACCUUCCCUAACCCCCAUUUUCUCCACUGGAUUGCGCAGAAAUUCUCUCAGCACAAAAAGGUGGCUAAUGCUGGAAUGGUGAUUCUACUAUCGGCCAUCUUUGUAACCUUUCUACACCCCAUUGUUGUAUCCCCAGCUUUUGCCAGUUUCCAGCAUGCAGCUAAGAGUGGCGUGGCCCAUAGACUCUUUCGAAGUGAGCUGUUGAGCAGUGCGUGGACUGGCUUCUUUGCCGGCUGCUUACACACAUUAUCGGGGCCUGAUCAUCUUGCUGCAUUAGCCCCACUUUCCAUAGGCCGCACGAGGAUGGAGAGUGCGGCUGUGGGAGCCCUAUGGGGAUGUGGGCACGACGCCGGGCAAGUGCUGUUUGGCCUAAUCUUUCUGCUUCUCAAGGACAAGCUGCACAUUGAGAUCAUCCGAAACUGGGGAACGAGAGUGGUGGGCUUCACUCUGCUGGUGAUCGGCGCAAUGGGAAUCAGAGAAGCUUCGGAAGUCCCUGUACCGUGUGUUGCUAUGGAAAAUGGCGAAUGCGAUGUCAGUGAGUAUGAGAAGCUGACGACGGCAGCCCCAGCAGUGGGGAAGAAGAAGAAAAUCGGGUUUGCGACAUUUGCUACAGGGAUCGUGCACGGGCUGCAGCCAGAUGCUCUGAUGAUGAUCUUGCCGGCGCUGGCGCUGCCUUCGCGGGUGGCGGGUGCUGCGUUUCUGGUGAUGUUCCUGGUGGGGACGGUGAUGGCGAUGGGGAGUUACACGGUGUUUAUAGGUUCGUGCAGCGAGGCUCUCAAGGAUCGGAUUCCGAGGAUAACGGAGAAGCUCACUUGGGCAUCUUCUCUGAUUGCGAUCGCUCUCGGGCUUGCUAUUCUGGUCAGCCAAUUUUUCGGGUUUAGCUUGUAUUAGAUUGAUUUAGAUGGGAGAUUUGCCAUUGCCAUUGCCAUUGCAAGCAGAGGAGGAGUGGGUGUGGAAGAAGCCUUUGGAGCAACGAUUCCGGCUAGGCUAGUGAUUUGAAUUUUAUGAUAUGAUGAUAUAUGAUAUUGGUUUAUGUAAUGUGACUUUUUGUUUUGGAGUUAAAUGCACUCACUCGCUCAA